AUGCCGAGCCUGCUCGUGCUCGCAGGGAUCAUGGAGAAAAACGGCGGCUACGGCGCCGAUCUGACCGGCACCGGCUUCGGGGGCGAGGCGGGGCUGCUGGGACCCCCGGACGACGACGAGGACGACUCCCGCGCCCUGAGGGUCGCGCUCGGACAGCUGUCGCUCUUAGGGCUCGGCGAGGGCGAGGAAGGCGGCGGUGGAGGAGGAGGCGGCGGCGGCGGAGGGAGUGUUGUUAUCGGCGGAGGAGCUCCGAGCGCCGGAGUCCAAGACCGGAGCAACAACAACAACAACAACCACCACGUCGGCGGCGGCGCGGGGGGAAUCGCAGGCGGGGAAGGCAAGAGCAAGUUGUGCGCCCUUUACGACGCCUCGUCCGGGGAGCCCAAAGGACGCGGGUGCAACAUAACGGAAUGCGUCCCGGUGCCCAGUUCCGAGCAUGUGGCCGAGAUCGUGGGCAGGCAAGGUUGCAAAAUCAAAGCCUUGCGCGCCAAAACCAACACGUACAUCAAAACCCCCGUGCGGGGCGAGGAGCCCGUCUUCCUGAUCACCGGUCGCAAGGAGGACGUCGCCCUGGCCCGCCGCGAGAUCAUCUCUGCGGCCGAGCACUUUUCCAUGCUGCGGGCGUCUCGCAACAAACUGGGCGUGUCCUUCAGCGGCUCCCCGCCCACCCCGCUCCCGGGCCAGACCACCAUCCAAGUGAGGGUCCCUUACCGAGUGGUGGGGCUGGUGGUGGGCCCCAAAGGCUCCACCAUCAAGCGCAUCCAGCAGCAGACCUGCACCUACAUCGUCACCCCCAGCCGGGACCGGGACCCCGUUUUCGAGAUCACCGGCUCGCCGGGGAACGCCGAGCGAGCCCGCGAGGAAAUCGAGGCGCACAUCGCCUUCCGGACGGGGGGACUUCACGACCACAACAACGAGAACGACUGCCUGGGCCCCGACGGCGGGGGCGGCGGUCCGGAGAGCCGUCUCCAGCAAGUGUGGGGUCUCCAGAGGAAACCUCUGGCAAGCAGCUACCGCCAAAACUUCUCCGACGCCCUCGGCGGCGAGGGGAUCUACAACAAAACCGGUUUUUCCAGCUCGGGGGAGAAGCCCUGCUCCUUUUUCCCCUCGGACGGCACCCAAAGUUGGGGCGAGCCGGACUACCCCAAGCAAAUGGCGUUCUACGCCCAGCAGCGAUCCAAGAGCUUCGGGGGGCUCCCCCUGCCUCUGGCUAGACUCUCCCCGGAAGCGCCCGUCGGGGGCCCGGCGUCCCCACGCGCGCAGGCCCGCCGCGCCCACAGCGAGCCGGCCUCGGCGGGGGAGGGCGGCUUCCCCGGGCGGCUCCCCGUUCCCGACUCGCCGCCGGCCGUGCGGGACUGCAUGACCUGCUUCGAGAGCAAAGUGACGGCGGCGCUGGUGCCCUGCGGCCACAACCUCUUCUGCAUGGAGUGCGCCAUCCGGAUCUGUGAGCUCAAGCACCCCGAGUGCCCCGUGUGCCGCACGCAGGUGUCGCAGGCCAUCCGAAUAUUCUCCUAA